AUGUCCCCCGGGUCAGAGCGGACACCGCUCCUGGCAGACCGCCCACGCAACUCCGAAGACUCGACCCGCCGCGCCGAGGAAGAAGAUGCCGCUCUCCACGGCACCGCCAUUACCCCCUCGACGCCCCGCCGCGCCUUGCGCGAGGUAGUCCUCUUCGCCUGGGCCCUCAUCGCCACCGCCGCCGUCAUCGUCCUCGCCGUUAUCAUCCAACACCACAACACCACCACCUCCCCCAACCCCUCCCCAGCCCCCACCCCCCAUCGCCCCAGGCGAUCCCUCCGCCGGCGAGGCCCUUACCUCUUCCGACACCACCACCCACCACCCAGAAACCCCAAAAACGCAACCUCAUCUUCAUGGUCUCCGACGGGAUGGGUCCCGCCUCGCCUCUCUCUAACCCGCUCCUUCCGCCAACUCACCCAAUCCCUGCCCAUCGACGACGUGUUGACGCUGGACCGGCACUUCUGGGGCACGUCGCGCACGCGCUCGUCCAACAGCCUGGUGACGGACUCGGCCGCGGGCGCCACCGCCUUCUCGUGCGGCCGCAAGAGCUACAACGGCGCCAUCAGCAUGCUGCCGGGGCAUAGGCCGUGCGGGUCCGUGCUGGAGGCGGCGAAGAGGAAGGGCUUGGCCACGGGGUUGGUGGUCACGACGGAUGUUACCGAUGCGACGCCCGCGUGCUUUGCCGCGCAUGUGGAUAUGCGUAUGCAGAUGGAUGAGAUCGCGCUGCAGGAGGUGGGGGAAGGGGCCUUUGGGAAGGUCGAGUGGAUUAUCGAUCCUGGGAAGGAUGGGGUGGAUGUGGUGGGGUUGGCGCAGGAGAAGCAUGGCUGGGGGUAUAAGGGGGACCGGGCCGGGUUUGAUGAGCUAAGGGGCGGCAAGAAUGUGAGCCUGCCGCUGCUGGGGCUGUUUGCGGACGCCGACGUGCCGUUCGAGAUCGACCGCCGGAAUAUGGCCGAUAUCUACCCCAGCUUGAGCGAGAUGGCGGCGACGGCGUUGACCGCCCUCGAGGAGGCCACCAAGGAUAGCGACAAGGGCUUCUUCUUGAUGAUUGAGGGCAGCAGGAUCGACCAUGCCGGCCAUUUCAACGACCCCGCUGCUCAGGUGCGUGAGGUGCUGGAGUACGACAAGACCUUUAAGCUGGUGCUGGAAUUUCUGGAGAAGUCGGACACCGAGGGCGUCCUCGUGGCCACGAGCGACCACGAGACCGGCGGUCUCUCCACUGCUUGGCAAGCCCCCAACGAACUGCCCGUCUACAACUGGCACCCCUCCGUGCUCGCCCGGGCCAACGCCUCCACCGAGUACUGCUCCUUCCUGCUCAACGAGCACAUCGCCUCCGCCGGGGACGAGUCGCAGCAGUCCCUCAUCAACUGGAUCAACGAGGAGCUCGCCGUGCGCCGCCUCGGCAUCACCGACGCCCUCGAGAUCGAGCUCAACGCUCUCGCCACAAACCCCGCCGCCGCCACCGUCAUCUUCUCCAGCAUGAUCAGCUCGCGCGCCCGCGUCGGCUGGAGCACUCACGGCCAUAGCGCCGUGGAUGUGAAUAUCUACAGCUCGGGGGGCAAGGCGGCGGAGAAGAUAAGGGGGAAUGUGGAGAAUACGGAUGUGGGCAAGUUUUUGAGCGAGUAUUUGGAUGUGGAUGUGGAUGAGAUUACGAAGGAGCUGGAGGAUAAGUUGAAGGGGAGCAAGGUGUUUGAGGUGGAAGUGGAAGGGGAUGCGGCCAUGAGCGGGCAUCCGGUGGAGUGGUUGAAGGAUGCUGGGUUGUAG